AACUGGUUCUGUUAACUAUGCCCGGCACAUCAGGGACAAGCAACCUACCACCGACAAAAACAAUAACUGUCUAUAGGAAUGGAGACGCUUUUUUUCCCCGGAAGAAAAGUAGUUGUGAACCCGCGGCAGGUGUCCACUUUCGACAGUUUUUUGGCCUUUUUAACUAGAGUGACUGAAGGUCCCUUUGGUGCCGUGAGGAAACUCUACACCCCCUUACAGGGCCACAAAGUUCAGCAUCUGGACGAGUUAAAACACGGGAGUGAAUAUGUUGCAGCCGGAAAUGAGCUGUUCAGAAAGCUGGACGUGUUUACCAACGGAGAUGUCCUUGUGCCUCCUGCUCGAAUACAUAUCCUGAAGUAUACUCUUAGAAGCUGGCCAAAUGUUUUAGCUAUGGUGACAGAGAAAGUGCAUCUUCGUACCGGUGCUGUGCAAAUGCUUUGCAGGUUAGAUGGACGUCCCGUCUGCAGCCCCACUGAACUGGUGACCAACCAGUACUACGUUGCACUUGGUGCAGAAAAGUUUAAAGCUCUCCCAUAUGACCAGUGCAUCCCAAGAGAUGUAGAGAGAACAACAUGA